AUGAAGAACUUGGUAGUGUUUGUGUUCCUGGCAACGGUGCUUCUAGCUUUGAACAUGGCUGAAGCGCAGUCUGCAAAGCCUAUUUCAACGAAGCCUACACCGACGAAGCCUACACCGACGAAGCCUACACCGACCAAACCUUCUACAUCUACAAAGCCUUCUACACAGACCAAGCCUUCAACAGCGACUAAGCCUACACCAUCUACGAAACCAACAUCACCGACAAAACCUACACCAUCGAAGCCUACUUCGGCAAAACCAGUAGCAGCCAACGUUGCAAUGGCGAAAUCUGUGUCGGGUGAAACUGUACCGGCGAAGACUACAAAGCGCCAAUCGCUCAAAGCUACCAAAACAAAACCAACUCCAACGCGUAAAACCACUAAACGCACUAGCCGGCCGAGCACAUCGCCAGCAGCGUAA